AUCUCUCUUGCGUGGGCGUGUUUUUGUUUUUCCCUCUACUCUUCACAUCAGCGCGGCAAAUUUAAAUCAGUCAAAUUGAGGUGCGCUUUUGAGAUUCCGUACAGUCUUUCGCAUAGUUUUGAACACGUCGCUCACUCUCGCCGGUAAAUUGAUCUUAUCGCUGUACAAAUACAAAAUAGUUUAGGAAUUGUCACAGAAGGAAUUCAGUAGCCACAAUGGACGCACCGACAUUCGCCGAUAUUUCCGCCAAAUUCACCGAGGCGACUCUCGAUGAGAUCAUUCAGAAUGCUGGCGGCACCAAGCACACCUCUUACAAGUUCGGCGAGGGCGGCAAGAAGGGUGACUCCUAUCUGAGUCGCGUGUUCCGGCUGUGCGUUUACGGCGUCAAGGAGCCGGAGGGCGAACAACUGGAGGUCAACGUUGUUGUCAAGGGCAUGCCGGCCAAUUUGCACAGACGUCGACUAUUCCGCUCCAUCGACUUCUUUCGCAAUGAGAUUAUAUUCUACACGAAGGUCAUUCCAGCGAUUGAGGCCUUCCAGGAGUCACGCCAGCCCAAGCCAAAGAAUCCCUUCACCGAGUAUCCCAAGUGCUAUGCCACUGUCUGCGAUGGCGUCAACGAUUUCAUCGCCCUCGAGGAUGUGGGAUUCCGUGGCUAUCGUUCCCCCAAUCGCAUGAACUACAUUCAGCUGGAGGAUGCGCUCCUGACCAUGCGCACAUUGGGGCGCUAUCAUGGCGUUGCCUUGGCCUUCAAUGCUCUGGAUGCCGAUAACUUUGAGAAGGCCGCGGGAAGUCUGCAGGAAACAUAUUACGGGGAACAUACACGGGAAUGGUACAAGGACUUCCUCAAGCUGGCCCUGAAGGUGUCUAGCGAUGCCGUGGAGAAGACCUUCCCCAACACCAAGUAUGAGACGCUGGCGAACAAUUUUCUGCAGCCGCAACUGUUCGAUGAUAUGAUCAAUCUGGUCUCCACCCGUUCCAAGUUGAGUGUCUUUGGACAUGGUGACUGCUGGACGCCCAACUUCCUCACUUCCUACAGUGACGAUGGCAAGCCGCAGAAGAUCAUCAUCAUUGACUAUCAGUUGGCGCGCUGUUCCUCGCUGGCACUGGACAUCAGCUUCUUCAUCUAUUCCUGCACCAGCCAAGAGCUACGUGAGCAGCACUAUGACGAGCUGCUCCGUGCUUAUUUGCAGAGCGCCCAGGAUCUGAUCAAGGAUCUGGGAGGCGACGCAGAGGCUAUCAUCUCUUGGGAGACUCUACAAGAGGAGAUGAAGCAAUUUGGUCGCUUUGGCUGCGGCAUGGGCAUCGAAUCACUGCCAAUGUCCCUAAUCGAGGACGAUGAAGUGGCUGACCUGGAUGCUAUUGUUGAGGACGCUGUCCUCACGGACGUCUGGAGUAUUACGCCCUUUGAGCAGCCCGCCAAACAACAACGCAUUGCUGAGAUCUUCAAGCAUGCGAUCGAUCAGGGAUACAUUAAGUAAUCCCCCCCAAAUCCCACUAAACCAGAAGCACAUUGUGCCAAGACAAUAGUGCAAUUUUAACUACAAUUAUCAGGAUCACUGUACACUCAGAUAAUUCAAUUUUGAUCAAAUAUUGACACUAGCUACAACUGCUCAAGUACUAACGGUAUUAUUUAAGAUAAAUAUUUUCAUAAGAUAAUUAAUAAAUAUUUAGACACAUUUUUGCACCACAAAA